UUCUUUCACUUCCAUGCAAUGGAGAAGGCGCGGCUCUUCUUGCGCGAGGAGUACGCCGCCAUCGAUCCGGCGCUCCCCCACUGGCUCUCGGUGCUCAGAUCCACGGGCGCCUCGGAAUGCUUUCACAAGCACGGCACAUUCUUCCAGCAUCUGGUCGAGGUUUACAGGAUUCUCAAGCUCUGGGGCGCGCCCGACGAUGUGUGCCGCUGCGGCCUCUUCCACUCGUCCUACUCCAAUUCCUACGUCAAUCUCGCGAUCUUCGAGCCGGGCGUGGAUCGCAGCCGCGUCAAGGAUCUCAUCGGCGAUCCGGCCGAGCAGCUGGUCGAGCUCUUCUGCAUCGUGCCGCGGCAGGAGCUCAUCCACGACAUGCUCCUCUUCAGGUUUUCUGACGAUCAGCUGCAAGAGGCCGCCGCUAGCGAUCGAUCGGGCAAGAAAAGCAAGCUGCUACUUCCCGAUGGAUUCAUCACCGUGAAGAACAUCCGGAAUGGCGAGGACGUGAGGCUGCCAAGACGCAUCGUGGCCGUGUUCGUGCUGCUCACCAUGGCCGAUUUUUGCGAUCAGCUCUACAAUUGGCAAGACAAUCUCUUCGACAAUCGCGAUGGCGAGCUCCGAUUCAGCGGGAAUCACUACUGGGCGCUCUGGCCUGGCGACGUCCAGCCCGGCCUGUGGAUGAGCUCGAUCUCGCGCAUGGGCCUCCUCCUCAAGGGGCUCCUCAACGAGGAAGAACAGGAUAACGGAAUAUGCGACGCUCCCGCCGCCAUAGCUUUGAAGCUCCCGCCCCUCUUCGACGGCUGCUCCAAGCUUCUUCGCCCGGUGGACCAGAUCGCGGCCAGGGAUUUGUAUCUCGAGGCAGUGGGCGCGGAUCUCAAGCGCCAGGGGUUCGAUUGGAUCGCGGGGAAGCUCCGCGGCGCUUGCGAGAGGAACCCGUGGAUUGGCGAGCCCCAUCUUGUUCUAGCGCAGCUGUGCUGCCUGGAGGGCGCGUUUGAGGAGGCGGCGGUGGAGGCGGCGCUGGGAUUGGAGCGGCUGCUGCAGUGGGGCACGGCGUGGGACAAGCGCGUCGCGUGGGAGGCCUGGAUCGCGUGGGGAAGAGUUCUAGAGAUGAAUGCCAAGGAGAAGAAAUGGCCCAGCACUGCCUGGGGAAUGAUCAAUCUGGGACUCGUGAAAUGAAAGAAAAAUGCUGCUUGUCCGA